UCUUUUCCUCCCCAAAAUCUGUGCUCACCAUGGACUCUUUCUCACCUACCAAACAAAGAGAGAGUAAAAAAGAAGAGGACAAUGGACUAUAAAAGAAAGAAGAUAGACAAGAAUCUCACUGACUUCAUUGCUAUCCUUUCUUAAUUGUCUUCCUCUCUCUCUUCCUUCAGUGCUUGCCAGCACACACACUCUUCCUCUCUAUGCUCUGAGCUGCAGAACAAGAUAUUGUAACAAGAAAGAUGGAGCAUAAGACUUGGCUUUGGAGGAAGAAACCUUCUGAAAAAACCAUCACUGCAAAUGGGAAAGCUGAUGGCGGAAUUGACCACACGGAAAAUAAAACUCUUGAAGUUUUGAGAUCCCUUGAAGAGUUGAAUGAGCAACUUUUAUCUUGCCGGGCCGAGUCUAUUGCAAAAGAUGAUCUUCUAGCGAAGCAGGCAGCAGGGUUGAAGAAAGCUGAAGAAGAAGCUGCUUCUAUUACGCGACAACUUGAUGAUACUCUGCUUCAGAAAGCAGCUGCUGAAGAAAAACUUAAAAAUUCGGAAACUUCUUUAAAAGAGUAUAUGCAGCAGUUGCGCAUUGUCAAGGCGGAGCAUCAGGACAUGAUGAAUGAUAUGAUCACAAAGCUAUCAAAGGAUCAAGCUAGGACAAGAGUUUUAGAAGGGAUGUUGGCAGAAACAAAUAAAAAGCUUGGUGAAUUAGAAGCUGAGAACACUAACUUAUGCAAAAUUCUUGAGAAUAAAGAAAAGCUGAUCGAAGAUUUAAGUGUGUGCAAAUUCCAAUCAGAGGAAAAGCUUACUAUGAUGGUGUCGGAACUUGAUGCUUCAGAGAAGAACAACUCUUCUCUGAAAUAUGAGGUUUGCAUGCUUCAGAAAGAGCUUGAUAUUCGAAAUGAAGAGAGGGACUUCACUUUGAGAUCGGCUGAUGCAGCUCGCAAGCAACACCUUGAAAAUAUUAAGAAGAUCACAAAACUAGAAGCAGAAUGCCAGAAGUUACGUAUCAUGGUCCGGAAGCGACUACCUGGCCCUGCUGCUUUAGCUAAAAUGAGAAGUGAGGUUGAGAUUUUGGGAAAUAAUGCUGAUGGAGGUAGGAGGAAAAAGUUGAACGCUAUGGUGGAUGACUUUUCCAUAAGAAAUUCUGCUCCUGGUUAUUGUCAUGAUGCAUCUUUGGAGACUAUUGCGUCACUUGUAGAAAAAUUAAAUUCAAUUGAAGAUGAAAACAAAUCCCUCAGAGAAGCAUUGACCAAGAAAAGUAGUGAACUUCAAUCCUCAAGGGCCAUGUUUGCUCGCAUAGCUUCCAAAUUAUCACAUGCUGAGACACGGGUUGAAGAAUUAUCAAAGGGACAGCAAUGCCUCGAAUUAGUGAAAAGCAGUCCCAACAGCAUAUGACUUGCAUCUGGCACCGAUUUCGAGGAUCGCUGUGAUGAAGACAGUAUUAGCUGUGCCGAAUCGUGGGCUUCUGCUUUAAUCUCUGAGUUAGAGCAUUUUAGAAAUGGAAAACAACCAUCACGGUCUUCAAGGACUUCAGGAACCUCAGAAUUGAGCUUAAUGGAUGAUUUUGUUGAGAUGGAGAAAUUUGCAAUUGUUUGCGCAGAUAAUCCAGCUGGAUGUGCAAGUGAUUUCAGUCCUCGAGUCACAACAGGUAAGGAGCUAAUUCCAGUUCAUGAUAGUCUUUGUUCAUCUCCUCAAGUAAGCAGUGAAAUCUCAUCGAACCAUAUGUCUUUUGAAAAAUAUCCUAGCUGGCUUCAGGAUAUAUUGAAAGUUAUUGUGCAGAAGCAGCGUACUGCAAAAGUUGAUCUUGAUUUUAUCAUCGAAGAGGUUAGAGCUGCAUUGAGCAAGGAACAUAAUUCUCAAGAUUCAUUUGGUGAGGUAGAUAGCAAGGACGUGCUCACAAGUAGAAACAAAAACGAACCAUCGUCUCAGUCAAAUCUAGAGAAGUCAGUGUCUAGACUUGUCAACCUCACAGAAGGAAUAAUUGACAAAUUUGCAGCAGAUAAUAAUGCACAACAAAUUCCAUCUCAAUUUGACCAAGUUUGCGGUCCAUAUGAUAAACCUUCGUCAAUUACUGGAUAUGUUCACCGCAUAUUUCUAUUUGAAAGUUCUGAGCUCAUUGCUGUUCUACAACAUUUUGUCAUUGUCAGUAAAGAUCUAUUGAGUGGAAAGGCUGACCUGGUACUUUUUCUUUGCAAAUUGGGUUCGACUGUGGACUGGAUAAUAAACCACUGUUUUUCCCUUCAAGAUGUGUCACAUUUAAAGGAGUCAAUCAAAGAUCAUUAUCACAUAAAUGGAACACAUGCUAGUAAUGAAUCUGAAGCAAAAGAGUGUCGGGUUACUGGCGGGGAUGAAUUUGAAAGAAAGAGAUCUUCACCUUUGGGAAUUACUUCAAAUGGACUAUUUAUCAUGUCACAAUUGGAGGAAGUUGAGUCUAAAACUACAGAUGUGAACGUGUGGCUGAAAAAUGAGCUUUUAACUUUGGAAACUAAAAAUAAAGAUGUUGAUGAGCAGCCCCAGUCAAUAAGCUCUAAAAAUGAAUUCUUGAUCACUCAGCUCAAGAAAUCUGAAGAAAUAGUGUCCAAUCUACAUGAGGAGCUUGCAAAACUGAAAGAAUUGAAAGGAGUAACCGAGAAUGAAAUUGUAAAGCAGAAAUUGGCAAAUGAUGACCUUAACAGCCAGCUCAGAGUUGCAAAGGUUGAAUUGAUUGAUGCACUUCAAAAGCUUUCAUCAAUUGAAGUUGAAUUGGAAGAAAAAAGUAAUUGCUGUGAAGAGCUAGAGGCGACGUGUCUUGAACUACAACUUCAGUUGGAGAGUGUACCCACUAAGGAAAUCUCGAAAUAUGACCUUGGCGCAGAAGAAAAGCAACUCAGAACUGACUUGGAAAUCUCUGCAGCUUCGGAAAAACUCGCAGAGUGUCAGGAGACAAUAUUACAUCUAGGAAAGCAACUGAAAGCCUUGGCUUCUCCGAGGGAUGCAGUUCUUUUCGACAAGGUGGUUUCAUCUCAUGCCACCUCCAAAACUAAUCGCCGGCCUUUGCUACUUGAACAAAUGCAAGCGGAAGAUGAUGCCAAAUUUGAGGAGCUAAAAUCACCUAAAACGAAAGAAGUCAUAUGCACUGAACCACAAAAACCAUCAAGCACUUCGUUCGUGAACCCGAAUGCUGGUUUGCUCUAUGGAAGUAAGAUUUUGGCGAAUGGUAAAACUGAUACAACACUAGCAGACAUCAUCCAGCAGUCGCCAACAAUGUCAUCUCGAGGAUUUAAUUCUGUGAAUGAAUCUUUUAGGCAAAAAUCUAAGAAUGAUGCAGGAGCACUUGUUGUCAUACCUAAGAGACAAAAGGGAGGUGCAAGUUUCUUGAGGAAACUCUUGUCGAAAAGGAAAAGAGAAAGCAAAAAGAAGCCGAAUUUGCCUGCUUUAUGUUAAAACAUCACUGAUACGAAUUUCUGCAGAGACUUUGAAUGUAGUUGGCUUGUGUUUUUUUUAUGACAUGCAAUUAACUUUGUUCUUUUUUUUUCGUUUUUUUUUUCUGCAGACGAUGGUAGUUUGGUUGUUGAUAAAUGGUUUGUUGUGUCCUGAAUCUGUCUUUGUAAAAAUAGGUUCCUGGAUUGUAAUGGCAUGGAAUUUGAAAACUUCGUGUUUGUAUAGAAAGUAACUGAGUCAUUUGCACUGAAAUUUUGCCUUUGUUUUUCCUUUCA